AUGUCACUGAGUAAAAAGCACUUAGAGAUUCCUUAUUUGAUCAAUGUCUUACUUCAUUUCAAUUUUGAAACAGCUCGCCUGUUUGAACAAAUCAGUCACCACUGUGGUCAGGCGAUGAUAGGCGUUCUUCGGAACCCAUCGACGUACCAAGUCA